ACGUGAGACUUGGCACGAGGGCCGUUGAUGGUGUGUGUGAGGAUGCUCUUAACCAUGCAGUGGCCAUCGUCGGGUACGGAACCGACGAGAAAACUGGCUUAGACUACUGGAUCAUCAAAAAUAGCUGGGGAGUGACUUGGGGAGAGAAAGGUUUUGCUCGCGUGAUGCGAGGUGAAUCCGAGGCAACUGGUUGGACGACAAAGUGCGGUUUAG